UUGUGAUUUUCCGGUUGCUGGUUUUUAGAAAACUUGCUCCAAAGGUAUUCUCAUCUUGGGAACAGAUAGCAGACAGGUUGGUUGUUAUUUUAAUCUCAUGCUUCUAUGUUUAUAAUUAAUUUUGCCCUGGUUAUUUUUAGUUAAAGGGUGUCAUGACCAGCUGGGGAGAUGAGUUGGGGACAUCUGUCGCGGAGCAGAUGGGGCCAAACUGAAACUGCAGCAUGUCUCUUCCCAACUAUUCAGAGGAUACAUUUACCUCCGUGACUGAAGAAGAGGAUGAGAGGCAGUACGCGGACGACUCAUUUGAAUUUUAUGACUCAGUGGAUGAGUGGAAAGAGCCAACGGCCUCUGAUCUGACAGAGAACACUUGGCAAUCCUCAUGUCAAAAGGAUGGAGAAUUGUUAGAUUCUGCGUUUGUUGUAGGAGAGUCUUUAACUAGAAAAUGGAUCAAUCUUCUGAAAGUCAACAGAAGAACUAUCACUGAGAGAGCCACAUCUUCCAUAGAACCAGAUACUGCAUUACCAGGAAUUUCUGAAAAAGAACUCGGGGCUCUGCAGUCUUUCUGUGCCAGCAAAAUCAACCACCUCCGUCAUCAGAGGAGCUCAGAACCAUUGAGAAGAAAUAGCCGUAAGGAACAGAGGCCUAGGAUGGUUUCACGGAGGCAGCAGACGGGAGGUUGCAACUCUCCUGUCCCUCCUGAGCUAGUAAACAGACUUCAUCUGAAAAGUCUCAAGGAGAUGAUGAAAAAGAUAGCAGAAAUGGAAGUGCACCAACCUUCACAAUGCCGCUUUUGCAUGAAGAAAAGAGCAGGUUUUGCAAAAGUUGAAUUUCUCAGUCGAAAGAAAACUAUAUUAGAUAAUGUUUUACUUCAAGAGAAACUGGAAGACUAUAUGUACACCAAAGAUUCUCUCACACUCAUUGGAGAAAUACAUAAAAGUCUUCCUAAGCUUUCUGAAGAUCCCAGAAAUAUAUGGCAGAAACUGAAUAAAAGAGUUUGGAAAGAAUAGCUUUUGCUUGUAGGGAUAUUGGAGCAAUAAACACAACCAUAGAUGGAAUCUCUAUAGGCUGAGCAAUGACAGUAUUAAGAAUAAUGACAAUUUGGAUUCCAGAGUCAAUUUUUACCUUCUGUCCCAGGGAAAGUAGAGCUGUAUGUGAUUCUUGAAUUAAAUAAUAUAUUUUCAAAUAACAGAAAAUAUUUUUUUCUUAUUGUGGGAAUGUCAUAAAUAUCAACUUUUUUUGAGUAAAAUUCUUUUUGGAAUUUGGACACAUGCUUGAAAGAAACUGCAGAAGAUGUAAAAUUGAAUAUAUUUUGAUAGUGCUGAAAUCCAUGACAAAUUUGAAGUGAAGUUAGGCCACCAUUCUUGACAAUUCCAAGGAAGAAGCUGCAAUGUUGCUUUAGAAGGGAAAUAUACUUGUGGAUAUUGAAGCAGAGAAGAGAAUAAAAUAUCUAAUGCAACCCAACUGAAAUGCCGGAGCACUUCUGAAGGCUAUGGACUUUGGGGAAAUAGAUUAUAUAGUGAUGAUUGUCUGUUGCUGGGUACAGUUGCUGAAAAUUUGAAAGCCCAGAUUUGUUCUAUUACGAUAAAAAGAGAUGAAAACUGAACUUUAAGCCUUAAAAUAGGCAUAGUUUGAGUAAGCAAAUCCAGACAGACCUCUAAGAGUUCUCUGAUGAAACCCACCCAUAUAUGUGAUACAUGACCCUCAUGUCUACAGCCCUCAUCCUUUCAUCCAAAUGAUGCUACUUGUGUCCUUUGACCACACGAAAGUGCUCAGCCUUUGCGUGACUGCAGUCUCCACUGACCCUGUUUCUUGCCCUGCUUGGAACGUUUGGGAUUUGGUCUUCAGUCUAGUAAGUUCUGGUCUUCAGAGUCUCAAUUUGAAUUAUGAACUUUUGAAGGCUCAAAGUUCUAAUCAGGGCUUCAGUCAUUUCAUGGCAUGGGAGAAAAGGACUAUGGCCUUUCUGGAAGAAUCAAGUCUCAACCUAUGUCAUCUUUGUUGAUAAAGGACUGAAUGGCAGGUGAUGGACUGAUGAGACCCAGGAAGCUGAUGAUGAUCAGAGGAAACCAUAUUAAGUGUGAUCAGGGAUAUAGAAUUUAAGGGUUACCCUGGCCCAGGAGACUUUUGCUGCAAUGCAAUUUAAUGAAAAUUUAUUAUACAUAUUAAACAGUGUCAUAUGACUUGAGAACUUUCCAUCUCCAUGGAAAAAUAGAAUUUGAUAGCAUUUUUGCAAAGUUCAUGGGCCAGUGGUACUUUUGGGGAACCAAGGGUGGCUCUGGUGCUCCAGUUGGCUUGAUGGAGAAAUGACCUGAAUCAGGAUGAGGAAGUUCUAAAAGAAAAGUUCAUAUAAGGAACCACUGCUUACCCUACUUAGGUUGGUUGUCCUUGUAAUACCCAAUUGAAACCUGCUUUCUUUCAGCAUGAUAUAGGUAGCCCUUGGCUUAUGACCACAAUUGAGCCCAAAAUUUAAAGUUGCUAAGUAAGACAGUUAAACACAUUUUGCCCC